AGAGAGCAAGAGGCGAGCGUUCGGCGUCCGUGUUCGAAUUCGAGAACGCGAAUCGAAGCAGAAACACAAACACGAACCCGAAGGACAUAAACCUGCAGCUACAGACACACCUGCCGGUGCGGACGGUCAGCUCGACUCUCUCCGAGACCGGAGACGGCGUUAUAUAACGGGGAAGGCAACGUCAGCCUCUGUGGCUUCACUCACUGGCUGGCGCUCGAGCCAUUGAUAAACGCGCACGCAUUCUCGGUGCGCUCGCAUGAAUGGACUGGAGCGGAGCGAGCGCGGGCUCGACUCCUUAACGAGAGAAAGGAGACGAACAGGGGGGAAAGAAGCGGAGUGAAACCCGUCCUCCAUUUUUGAACGAGUCGACUGUUUUUGCGUGCUUUUUUUGUUUUUUAAUGCUCGGGGCCUCGCGGAUCCGUGAACGCCUCCCUCCCUCGCCUUCCACAGCGGUUUAAGGUUAUACUGAAAGGAGGUACGCGGCGUCGGUCUCGUAUCUGUCUUUGUUUUUCACCCUGAUGCUCGAUAAGUUCAGACCCGUUCAGCUCGAUUCGGCGGCGAUGGCGAUCAGUAAGAGCGCGGAGUGGCUGAGGGAGCAGCUCGAGACGCGGCGCGACGGCUUGCUCGUGAUGGACUGCCGAGCGCGGGAGCUCUACGAGUCGUCGCACGUCGAGACGGCCAUCAACGUGGCCAUCCCGAGCCUCAUGCUCCGGCGGCUCAAGAAGGGCAACCUGCCCGUCAAGUCGCUGCUCUCCAGCGGGGAGGACCGCGAGAGGUUCGCGCGGAGGUGCAAGACGGACACGGUGGUCCUGUACGACGAGUACAGCAGGGACUGGAACGAAAACGUCGACGGCGGCUCCGUGCUUGGCUUGCUGCUGAGGAGGAUGAAGGACGAGGGCUGCAGGGCUUUCUACCUCGAAGGUGGCUUCAGCAAAUUCCAAGCCGAGUACCCUUCCCUGUGCGAGACGAACCUCGAUGGCUCGUCCAGCAGCAGCUCCCCCACAGCUCAGGUACUGGGCCUGGGCGGCCUGCGGAUCAGCUCUGACUCCUCUGACAUCGAAUCAGACAUCGACCGUGACCCGAGCAGCGCCACCGACUCAGACGGAAGCCCCCUGUCCAACCCCCAGCCCUCUUUUCCUGUUGAGAUCCUUCCGCACCUCUAUCUGGGCUGUGCCAAGGACUCCACGAACUUGGACAUCCUGGAAGAGUUUGGCAUCAAGUACAUCCUCAACGUUACCCCUAAUCUCCCCAACAUGUUCGAGAACGCUGGAGAAUUUAAAUACAAGCAGAUCCCAAUUUCUGAUCACUGGAGUCAGAAUCUUUCGCAGUUCUUCCCCGAGGCCAUCAGCUUCAUUGAUGAGGCCCGAGGACAGAAGUGUGGCGUUCUGGUGCACUGUCUGGCCGGCAUCAGCCGUUCGGUCACGGUAACGGUGGCCUACCUCAUGCAGAAGCUCAACCUGUCCAUGAACGACGCCUACGACAUCGUCAAGAUGAAGAAGUCCAACAUCUCGCCCAACUUCAACUUCAUGGGCCAGCUCCUGGACUUUGAGCGCACACUGGGCCUGCAGAGCCCCUGCGACAACCGCGCUUCGUCAGCCCCCUCACAGCCGCUCUACUUCACCACACCUACCAACCACAACGUCUUCCAGCUGGACCCGCUCGAGUCCACGUGAGAGCGGCUCCCUACGGCGCAACCCCUCCUGGCUGCAAAAGGUGUUCAAAUGUUGAAACAUGGGUUUCUCUUUUUUCGUCACCUGUCAGAGGGUUCCUGACGUUUUUGACACAGUUGGCUGGAGACGACAGCUGACGUGAGUAGCCACUGACGCGGCAUCUGGUUUUGGCCGAGGCGGAAAGGCAGCUGCUGUAAUUCUGGGACAAGAGACAGAGGGCAGACACCACAGCUCUGCUUCUCUCUGAGACUCUGUAAGGUAGUUCCUGUUUUAUAUCUUCGUAUCCAAGCAUGUGAAGACUGUCGAAGCAGACAGGACUUUUAAUGUGGAACGUCACAUACAAUAUGGCUGGCGUGCCAAAGAGACUUGACUGGAACUGGACAAUUAUAUAGACUCUUUUCUAGCACUUGCACCUUCACGUUUUUUUGGGUGUGCUCUCCUUGUCUUCAGUGAAGACUUGCCUGUUUUGGGGAUAAAAAACACCCUCGUUGAUGAUGGCACAGUAUAGUGUACUCCAGUUUAUUUGCGUGGAGUCAUUUUUGAAACGUUUAUACAUGUGUAUAUUAAAGACGUUGGUAAGCCUUGCCCUAGCCACAGUAUACCUGUUGCAAAAGAGCGGGUACUGAUACUUUUUUUCCUUCCUUUCUCAUCUAUGUAAACAAACUGAAUAUUGAUCAAUAUUAUAUAUGAGUUAAAUGCCAAAAAUUGAAUAGGUUUUGUGAGAACAUAAAUGUGUAUAUGUAUAAUAUAUUUCUUCUUCUACUUUUUUUGUUUUUUGUUUUUGCUUCAUGGAUGAAUUCAGCCUUUAUCAGCCUUUUCUUAUGCACCCUUCCACACUCAGAAAGUCACCUUGUUCUCUUGCCUUAGGUCUUCUGUACAUAGGAGUAAUGUUGUGCAUUAACCUCUCGGAGCAAUCCCCCCCCCACCCCCCCAUAAGCUUAUCUGUCACCAGCUAUCAGUUCUCCAUAGGAUCGAGCUAUAACAAAUGGCACAUUCAGAAAGUAUUGUUCAAAAACUUGUAUCUGUAUGUGUUCAAGGCAUACCUUAAAACCAAGUUCGCGUGAAUACGGAUGCAUGCUGUUGUUCAAUCUCGAACCAGGACGCCUUGAUAACGCUCUGUUUUCGUUUAAUGUGGGGACGGUGGAAGGUUGACGCGAGUGACGCUUGUUUUUGUGCAACAGUUUGAGGUUUCUGAAAUGUUGACAAGGCAGGAGACAUUUACAUGCCUCUCCUCUUCAGGGAAAUUAUGUGAAAUGCAAUUUAGUUGUCAGAGGAAUGAUUGAAAUGGAUUUUAAAGGGGACGCUGAUUCCCUCAAAGCGAAGGCCUGUUCUGAUGGAGGAGGGGCUACUUUUCACAGCCCCUCACUUCAACCCUACGAAUGUAAAGAGAUGAUAAGUUAUUAAUAAAUUGCUAUUUUGUCUAUUCAAACCUA